GGGCCAAGAGCACCGUCCAAGGAGCUGUCGCACCGCGCCCUUUCAGCUCAACCCAGCCAGAGACCGCCGAACUUCGCCGACAGGUAACAACAAAGAAGACUCCAAGAAGUCCCGGAAGACGCAGUCAGCGGUUCGCCUGAGGACAUUGCAGCUUUGUUCCAAGUUGUGGGCUGGAACGGAGCCUCGCUGAAAUCCCAACUUUCUUUUGUUUUUUUGGGGAGGGGGUUUGAUUUCCGGAUUGUUCACCUUUUGGGCGUCUUCGCGGGAGGUGACCUCAGGUACCACACUUGCCCUGUGAGCUCGACGCUCUCUGCGGAUUUACUACACAAAACAGCUCAAACUGUCCACAGAAGACGAGCAUUCUCACCCGAGCAGCUGAUGGCAUGCUGCCCUGCAGGCCGUCGGAGAGAGGGCGAGUCUGAAUGGCGCCCUAGUCCCGCCCCUCAUCUCCCUGUCUGAAAACGCCUUGACCCCUACUCUCAGGAACCGCCGAGCACCCCGCCGACCUCUCCGCUAUGGAUAUACUGAACGACGACACGGAGGGCUGCUAUUACAACCGCAGCGUCAAGUUUUUCUAUGAAAAGAGUAACAAGAACAUCAGCGACAGCUGGCGUGCCCGCGACUACGUGGUUGUCACGCUGGGCAUGACAGUCUGCUUCAUUGUCAUCUUUUCCAACCUUCUGGUUAUUGGGGCCAUUUUAAAAAAUAGACGCUUCCACUUUCCCAUUUACUACCUUUUGGGUAACCUGGCCUUGGCAGACCUCUUUUCAGGUGUCUCCUACCUCCACUUGAUGUUCCACACGGGUCCGUGGACCAUCAAACUGUCCAAGCACCAGUGGUUCGUGCGUCAGGCUCUCAUCGACACCAGCUUGACCGCCUCCGUCCUCAACCUCCUGGCGGUGGCGUUGGAGCGCCACCAGACCAUCUUCCAGAUGCAGCUCCACAGCAAAAUGAGCACGCGUCGCGUUUUUGUCCUCAUGCUCUUAAUUUGGCUGGUCGCCAUCAUCAUGGGCCUGGUGCCCACCAUGGGCUGGCACUGUCUGUGCGACCUGGACAACUGCUCCACCAUGGCGCCGCUCUACAGCCGCAGCUACCUGGUGUUCUGGGCGGUCCUCAACCUCCUCACCUUCUCCGUCAUGGUGGGCGUCUACACCCGCAUCUUUUUGUAUGUGCGGCACAAGAGUGAGCAGAUGUCACGGCACACCACACAGAUAAGACAACGUGAGACCGUGUUGAAACUGAUGAAGACCGUCUCCAUGAUCUUGGGCUGUUUUGUGAUCUGCUGGACACCCGGCCUGGUGGUGCUGUUGCUCGACGGCCUGGGCUGCGACAAGUGCAAAGUGCUGCGCUUCGAAAAGUACUGCCUGGUGCUGGCCGAGUGCAACUCCCUGGUCAACCCCAUCAUCUACUCCUUCAGGGAUAAGGACAUGAGGAGGACCUUCAGGGAGAUCCUCUGCUGCGUGUUCUGGCGCGGCGGCGACCACACGAACACGUCUGGAGUUAACUUUAACACCCUGGAGCACGAGGUACUGUCUGAGACCAACGGGACCGAAGUCAGCGGUCACAAACAAAGCAGCGACUAGCCGCCCUGCACUUGACCUCCAACUUAAAGUCUCGCGACGUGGAGCUGCUGGAGAAGAGCAACGGGACGCCGCUCAUCAGCAACUCUUCGGAGGACAAGACGCAGCCUUUGCAGAGUUGGAAUUAACACACAAACGCCUCAAGAUUGUGGAGAAGUGACUCAAUCCGUUUGGAAAAGGAAAGUGGGCGUGGCCUCAAACCUCAAGGAAGGUCUGGACCUUAUUUCCUGUUUUACGACUUCGCUCAAACAUUCACAAUUUAUUCAACGUGUGCAAGACUUAAGGAGUCCUUGUUGCUCACCCCUAAAUCAUCUGUACCAGUAAAGAACAAAUACACAAUUUUGUUUUUAUUAAAACAAUUUUAUUUUGCAAUCCACCAACUCAAAAGGCCUAGAUGUUUAAUUUGUAAGGUUUUUUUUUAUUUGGAUAUUUUUUUCUUCUUAAUAAGACGUUACCUCAUGUCAGCUUUUAUCUUCAUGUCCAGUUCAAGUCAGGAAGAAGUUAUUCAAUCUUUUAAGAUUUCUACUGACUGAAGAAAAAAAAACAUAUUGGCAAUAAGUUCUCUAUUUUGUGUUUUACUAACUUAAGCUCGGUUUUAAAAAAAAUGUUUUUUUCUUCAUGUUUCUAUUUGGUGGAAAAAAAACCCACAAAAGACAAUCCUGCAUUUUCUACGAGUUAAAUUGUUAGAUAAAUCAUAUUGGGUAUAACAAGUCCAGAAAAUAAAUGACAUUUCUGCAAAUAUAAAUCAUAAUUGUGGCAUAAAUCUAUACAGGGGAUUAAUUUUAAUUAAAUGUCAGGAAAAUAUAAUUUGGGCAAAGACUUUGGAAUAAUAUUUAAUGCAAAAAGCUGUUGGCAAAACUAAGGGGUAAAAAUUUCAGCAAAAAUGGAUACAAAUCACACAAAAAAAAGUAUGAAAACUGAAUCUGCAAAACAGAAACAUUCUGCAAAAAAAUGAUUAACAGGUGUUAAACUAAAAGUUAUGAAAAAAUUAAAUACGUGCAAAAAUGUCUGGAUUUUUGCUUAUUAUUUUUCCAAAUUAAAAGUGUAGCAUUUUUCCAAACACAUUUUGAUUGUUUUUGUGUGUGUAAAAAGUUAGGAAAGUGUGUUACAUUGUUUGCAAAUAUUACACAUUUAUUUAGCUUUUUUUUUUUUUUUUAAAGUACCCAUUUGUACAAAAAUAUAUUUUGGUAAAAAGUUAGAAUGUCAGAAAUGUAAUUAGUGCAAAAAGCCAGGGCGACAAAAAAAAAAAAAAAAAAAGCUUGGCUAAAAAAUUCUGGGAAAAUACCUGUAAAAUAGUACAAAAGUAGUUGAAAAUGUUCAUCUGUUUGAAACUUAGAGAUUUGUCCUUUUUCGUUUAAAGUACAACUUUUACAAAAUAAAUGUGCAAAAAUCAGUGACGUGAAAUGGAGAAUACAAGUGAAGAACGUGAUAUGACGCAGCAAAGCUAGUGAAACACAAAAUUUGGGUACCUGUCAACGGUAAAAGUAUUUGCUGUGGAAAUACGUGUUUAGAUCUGUCAUAUUUUCAACAAUAUAUAUAUAUAUAUAUUUUUUUUUUUCAUAUCUCAAGUAUGAGGAAGAGAAGAGAUUAAAACUAUUUCUGCUGACCUGUGCAUAUUUGGUUUAGUAGAGGACUGAUCCAUGUUCUUUCUGAAGACAGUGAUGUCAUUAAAUAUUUUACAUUUA